CUGAAUAGAUAGUUCUCUCGCGCAACAGGCACAGCGAUCUUCCUUCCAGGAUGGCCUGUCGUUCGAGCACGCAAGCUGCGAUUGUCUGCAUAGCAACACCCACGACAUAAUGGACUAUUUCCGAUGCUUCCGAGCAAAUUUAGAAGCAUCCAACAACUACUGAUAUAAAAUGUUCAGUCGUUCUACUGUUUAACAGACACCCCCAUCUGUUGGAUCUGUUACGCCCGUCAUGGAACAAAUCAAGGUUCUCGCCACUCAAGAUCUUCCAGGCGUUGUACUACCAACAUGGAACAUUUACGCGCCCCUUCUCAAUGCCAACGCCGCAGCUAUUACGUCAACUCCCGCUCAAACGUACUCAUAUGGUAGCCAUGAGCGACAGAAACUCGAUCUCUACACGUCGCCGAAUUCGUCUCCCGAGAAAUCCAAACACAAAGUGCUGGUCUUUGUCUAUGGAGGAGGUUUCAUCCAAGGAGAUCGCAUCCUCCCUCUCCCAGCCUUCAACAAACUAGCUUAUGCCAAUGUCGGAGCUUUCUUUGCCAACAAUUACGGCUUCAGCGUCGUCGUGCCAGAUUACCGACGGAUCAACGACGCUGGCGAACCCAAGUUCCCAAGUGGAGGCGAAGAUCUGGAGAAGACACUCGACUGGAUCGCCCUGAAUGAAGACAAACUUGGUGCUCCAGUAGGCUCUGACAUUGAGAUUUACAUCGUCGGCAAUUCAGCAGGUGGUGCACACACUGCCACUUUCCUCCUGCAUCCUGACUUCAAAGCCACUCGUCAGAAGCUCACAGCAGGUGGUGCAGGUCAACCAAAUCUGAGAGGCAUCAUUUUUCUAAGUGUUCCCUUCCAGUUUCCACCGCAUUUGGCUAGUAUCAUAGGCUCCUACUUUGGACCCGAGCCCGAUGCUCUGGCGAAGAAAAGCCCAGUGGGUUUACUUCGCUCACUCGAUGUAUCAGGCCAGAUGCCCGAAUUUAUUGAAGCUGGUGUACCGACUUUUCUGCUUACAGCAGAACUCGACUCGCAAGAAUUCCACUCAUCUAGGGACAACUUUAUCACGGAAUGGAAGGAGAGAUUACAGGCAAAUUUUGGGAACAAGGCACGCUUGGACAUUGCCAGUAUCAAAGGGCAUAACCACAUUUCUCCGCCUCUAGCUCUGGCGACCGGAAUUUCAGAAGAAGAGGAAUGGGGACGUAAGGUUGCGGAGUGGAUCGCGGAGAAUUGA